AUGGCCUACAACAGAUCCUACGAUCCAGACUCGCUGCCCAGGUUCGCCGAGCCAAACGAGAAACCUGGUCAGGCACCCCCUCCUCAGGCCCGACCUCCUCCCCAGCAGCAGUACCGCCCGCAGCCCCCUCCUCCUCAACAGCACCGUCCACAACACACGCCGCCGCAGCAGCAAGGACAUCACCAGCAGCCGCCGCCGCAGCAGCCGAGAUACAACCAGAACCCUCCCCCGCCGCUCAAGGACCAGUACGCGCGGCCGCAAGACCCCUACGCGCGACCGUCCCCGACGCACCCCCAGUCCGCCAACUAUGGCCACUCGCCGCCUGCCCGCACCGCUUCCAACCGCCCGCCGCCACCCGCGGCUGGCAGUCGACCUUCCCCGACCUCCGCGGUCCCGCCAUCGCCGGCGCCCGACGCAGACUCGAGCUCCAACGCGACGCUACGGCCACUCUUUCACGCCGUGGACAAAGAGGGCAGGGGUUACCUGACGGAAAAGGAACUUUCAGCCGCCCUCGUCAACGGGGACUGGACGGCCUUUGACAUCCAGACGGUGCGCAUGAUGAUCCGCAUGUUCGACGCGGACCGCAGCGGCAGCAUCGGCUUUGAGGAGUUCUGCGGCCUGUGGUCCUUCCUCGGCUCGUGGCGCACCCUCUUCGACCGCUUCGACAUCGACCGCUCCGGCAACAUCUCGCUGUCCGAGUUCACCGACGCGCUCAUCGCCUUCCGCUACCGCCUCUCCCCGGCGUUUGUCGAGCUGCUCUUCCGCACCUACGACAAGCGCGGCGAGGGCGUCAUGAGCUUUGACCUGUUCGUGCAGGCCUGCAUCUCGCUGAAGCGCAUGACGGACGUGUUUAAAAAGUACGACGACGACCGGGACGGCUACAUCACCCUUAGCUUUGAGGACUUCCUGAGCGAGAUUUUGAAGCAGAUGAAGUGA